AUGAUCAAAAUAGAGGCAGUUGUACGCCCGGAACGGGUCAAUGUUGUGCUGGAAGCUAUCGUCGAGGCAGGUUGCCAAGGCUAUAGCUACACCAACGUCACCGGGCGCGGGCAACAGCAGGGUGUUGAAGUCUUCACGGGCAGGGGUGGGCAGGUCGUGAGCCGUGCAUCCGUGCCGAAGACGAUUAUCUCCGCCGUUGUGAACGAUGACCAGAAGGAUGCCGUGAUUGAGGCAAUCGUCGCCAAUGCUCGCAGCGGCGAGGAUGGCGCGAUAGGCGACGGCAAGAUCUUUGUUUCGCCGGUGUCGGAGGUCGUCAGGGUGCGCACGGGCGAACGCGACGGCGCUGCCCUCUGA